AGUUUACGUGGACUCUGAUAGGGGGAGGGUGUGUCUAUAGGAGAUGUAUAUUACUUAAUUUUUAUUUAUUUCUAAGCGUGUUUUUUGCGAUAUUUUUAUAAAGGUUUUUCUGCAAAAUGAUCGGAACUGACUAUACUUUGGAGCUGUGCAACGUUUUUCAUUCUGGACAGGUGGAGCCCGGCAGCUUCUUCCAGCGGCUGACGGGCGCGGUGAAGACCGGCGUCAUACUCAAGGAUGUUUCCUUCACAACACACAGCGGAGAGGUCACCGCUAUUCUGGGAUCGAAAGGUAGCGGAAAAAGGGCUCUUCUGGACGUGAUCGCGCGACGCGUCCCAUCCAAAGGGCAUAUACUGCUGGAAGGAGUUCCCUUGGAGGAGGAACAGUUUAACAAUACUUGUGCACUAGUGAGGCAUUCCACAAGAUUACUGCCUGGGCUUAGUGUGCAGCAGACCUUAGCUUUGUCACUUACAAGGCUUUCAGGCUACUUAAAAUCAUCAAAAGUUAAACAAGUAAUGGCUGAUCUGGCGCUGUCGCAGGUCGCAAACAAAGAUGUCACAAAUCUAACUAAGAGCGAAUACAGAAGACUGGUUAUAGGAACUCACCUUAUCCGUGAUCCCAUAAUCCUGUUGCUCGAUGAACCGACAUGGGACCUGGAUCCCCUGAACACAUAUUUGGUCAUCUCGAUCCUGUCCAACGCUGCCAAGAAGUAUGGCACGGCGAUCAUACUCACCAUGGAGAAACCUAGAUCAGAUGUGUUUCCAUUUCUGGACCGCGUGGUGUACCUGUGUUUGGGAGACGUGGUGUACGCUGGUCCUACCAGAAACCUGCUCGACUACUUCAGCAGCAUUGGCUUCCCGUGCCCACAACUGGAGAACCCGCUCAUGUACUACCUGUGCCUAUCAACAGUGGACCGUCGUUCUCGAGAACGUUUCAUCGAAUCAAACCACCAGAUAGCGCUACUAGUGGAGAAGUUCAAGCUGGAGGGACAGGGGAUCAUGCAGGGGAACCUGAACGAGCACAGCCGCAUCGUCAACCCGAAUAAGAUACAAUUGAACUAUGGGAAACCUGGAGGGUUUAGAGUCAUAUGGCUGCUGUAUGUGAGGAUGCUGACAUCAAUAUUUAAUCUAAAGAAAAACGGGCUAAAACAGAUGUUCAUGAGAUUAUUCAGCCUUCCGAUCUAUUUCUUCAUAUUGUGGUUGUUUUACAACGAAGCUAAGGACUAUCAAAGGACUUUUAUAACAAAAAGUGGAUUGAUUUUCAACGCAAUGGUCGGCACUUAUUUCAUUAGUAUUAUGAACACAAUAUGUUUAUACGGUCCAUAUAGAACGAGAUACUACCAGGAGUCUCAAGAAGGGUUGUACAGUGGGGCGAGCCUGCUUCUCUCUUGGAAUCUCGUCUCACUGCCAUUCUCAGUCAUCAGCACGUUUGCAUCAGCUGCUAUUAUAUACCCGAUUCUAGGAGACCUCACAGAAGCAUACGACUACGUGUACUUCGCUUUGGUUCUAUGGUCCUGUUACGUGUAUGCCGAGCAACAGUCGAUCGCUAUCAUGAUGUUCGUAAAGAACGGCCUCAUAGCAGCCAUAGUCAGCAUCUACAUCACUUGCAUCUACGUCAUGCUGGCUAGCGGCGUUCUCAGGUCAUACAAAGGUUUCGAAGAAUGGCUGUACUAUAUCACAUACGUGACGCACACGCGCUACGCGUCCAUUUAUAUGCACCGCAACAUCUUCCAACAACCCAUCUUCAACGCGCUCCCUUACAACGACCACGAGAACUGCACAUCAAUAACUAGCCUUAUCCAAACCUCCUCCAGUCUAAACACUAACUCGAAUGCGAACUGUAGAUACCCGAAUGGCAAAGCGUUCUUAGCCGAAAGAUUCACGGCCAAAAAUUUCGGUGGAGACAUGUUUUCGACGGGCGACUUCAAUUCAGAAUUCAAUUUAGGAAUCUCAUUCGCAUUCUCUGUUGGUUUCAUCGUCUUGAACAAAUUCUUGUAUUUGAUGCCACUGCCUUCUUACAUCACAGAUAAGUUUAGAGAGUAAUGUUCUUUCAUUAAUUUUAUUAAUUAAUAAUUUUUUCCGUCCAAUUUUGGAUUUCAAUCAAAAGAUCGACUAGUUGAUUUCUACACUGAAAUUAAUAAAAUAUGAUCGUGUUUAAAAAUAUUUAUCUAUACAAGUUUAAAAAUAAAAUCAUGUUUAUUUACAAA